AUGCCUUUGCAUCGGUCGAAUGGCAGCUCUUCUCCCUUGAGACUUGCAUUGGCCGGUGUACGGGGAUUGACGGAAGCCGUUGCAUCCAAGACAUCCAUGGAUGGUCAACACUAUCGGUACCUUUCAGGCUUUCACCCCCUCUGCUCUGCGGGACUGGGAAAUGCUCACCACGACCCGGCCACGUUGACAUUCAUAUCAUCCAAGCUCUCUCGCCCAUGCAUCUUGGAGAACUGGGAUCCGCUGCCCCUGGCAUCGCAUCGCAUCUCAUUUUCAGCCAUCACCAGGGGCCCUGCGAUCCAAGAAGGCCGCCCGAGUCUCUCUCACCAGGUGCCCGGGUCUGAUCUCGACAUGGCCUCCAAUGACGGCAUGAUGCUAAGCGCGUUCGAUCUGACCAUCCUCCCGAUAACUGGGAAGAGCAUGGAACCUUCGCAUGCAGAAGCUCCCGGCCAUGGUCAGCACCAAUACCAAUUCGGAACGUACUGUGGCCAAUAG